AUGCGAAGAUGGUUUUGUCUCCAGCGCCGCCUUCGAAGCCUUGAAGCCAGACGGACAUUCAGCUCCUCGGCCUCACUGCUGACACGCGUUAGUGUUGCGCAGCUACUGACUAAACCUGGUGGCGAGGUCAAUGAUGUGGAUGUAUAUGGAUGGGUACGCAACGUGAGACGACAGAAGAAGGUCGCCUUCGUGGCACUGGGUGAUGGCUCGAGCCUUGAUCCGCUACAGGCGGUGUUGAAACCAGACGAUGCCGCACAACUUUCCGUUGGAGCAGCCGUCCGAUUGACAGGCUCAUGGCAAGCUUCUCAAGGCAGCAAACAGAGCCAUGAACUUCAAGUCACAGGCGUCAAAGCCCUGGGCGAGAAUGACCCAGAGCACAAUCCCCUGCAACCAAAAUCUCAGACACCGGAGUACUUGCGAACGAUACCUCACCUACGACCACGGAUCCCGGCCAAUGCGUUACUAUUACAUCUGAGAUCACAAGUCAUAGCUAGUAUCACCUCCCACUUCAACAAGCAGGGAUUUGUGCAGUGCCACACGCCAACCAUCACUUCCUCUGAUUGUGAAGGCGGUGGUGAGGUAUUCACCGUCUCUUCAAACGACUCCAAGGACUCCGUCAAGGAGACGAAACCUGGAGACAAUGCUGAGGUAGAGCACUUCUUCCGUACACCAAAGUACCUCACCGUGUCGUCCCAACUGCACUUGGAAGCCCUAGCAUUAGCAGUAGACAAAGUCUGGACAUUAUCUCCCACUUUCCGAGCCGAAAAGAGUGAUACUCCCAGGCAUCUAGCUGAAUUCUACAUGCUGGAAGCUGAGAUGUGCUUUACUGAUGACUUGAACGAUAUCAUGGAUGUAGUGCAAAAGAUGCUCGCAGCUACGGCUCAAGACUUGCUUGGUUCGAGGACCGGUGAGGAGCUGCUCAAGGCGAGAUCUUCGUCCGAGCAGACUGGCGACGAAACGCUGAGCGAGAUUACGACGGCAACGCUGCGGCAGCGAUGGGUAGGCAUGGCUGAAGGCAAUUGGCCUCGCAUCGCCUACGCAGAAGCCAUCGACCAUCUACAGAAAGCACAACAAAACGGUACUGUGAAGUUCGCCUUCGACCCGACAUACGAGAACGGCCUACAAGCCGAGCACGAACGCUACCUCGCCACUACGAUCGGCCGGAACACAACCCCAGUCUUCGUCACCGACUAUCCUAUUGCUCAAAAGCCCUUCUACAUGUCCCCGUCCCUGUCAACAAUCAACACAAAAGGCACAUCAAACACAGCCGCAUGUUUCGACCUCCUGGUCCCGGACCUCUGCGAACUCGUGGGUGGAUCGAUGCGUGAACAUCGACUGGCGGAAUUACAAGCUACUAUGAAAGCUAAGAGCGUCAAUGGAAGUGGAUUAGAGUGGUAUCAGGAUCUGCGAAGGUAUGGCAGUGUACCGCAUGGCGGAUUCGGCCUGGGAUUCGAUCGUCUGCUGUGUUACUUAAGUGGUGUGAUUAAUGUGAGGGAUAUUGUUGCGUUCCCACGGUGGGUGGGGAGGUGUGAUGCUUGA